AUGCGCUUCUGCUCACAGCUGCUGUCGCCAACCACCAGACGAGUUGCCUCAAACCCGGUUUAUAUCGCUGCUGCGACGACGACGUCGACUUCUACGCGGGCCUAUUACAACACACUUGGCAAGGAGGCUAAGAAGACGCGGAUUCGGUGGCGCGAGAUGGCGGAGAAGGACAUCACCAAGUACUUGGAGCAGAGCCACGACCGGCUGUUUGAGCACAACAGUGCAUGGGCGGCGGCGAAGCGGAAGCAGGACCCCGAGUUCUUCAUCAAGCUGUCGGCCGGGCAAGAGCCCGACUAUCUCUGGAUCGGCUGCAGCGACUCACGGAUCCCGGCGGAGCAGAUCACGGGGCUGGAUCCGGGCGAGGCGUUUGUGCACCGCAACAUUGCGAACCUGGUGUGCAACACUGACCUCAACGCUAUGGGCGUGAUCAACUACGCGGUGCGGCAUCUGCACGUCAAGCACAUUAUCGUGUGCGGGCACUACGGCUGCGGUGGCGUCAAGGCGGCUAUGACGCCCAAGGACAUGGGCCUGCUGAACCCGUGGCUGCGCAACAUCCGGGAUGUGUACCGGCUGCACGAGAGCGAGCUGGACGCGAUCGCGGACGAGACGGCGCGCUAUGACCGCCUAGUCGAGCUGAAUGUGAUUGAGCAGUGCCGCAACGUGAUCAAGACGGCCGACGUGCAGCAGUCGUAUGCCCAGAACCAAUACCCGAUCAUCCACGGCUGGGUCUUUGACUUUCACAACGGCCUGCUAAAAGACCUCAAGAUCGACUUCAAGGCUGUGUUGCAGAGCAUCCAGAAAAUAUACAACCUCACGGACUCCUAG